AUGAGCUACACCUACAGUCCGCGAACUCGGGUAGGACACCAGGCGACGUCGCCCUCCCCUCUGCGCCAGACAUCGACCGCCUCAAGCAACUCCUCCAUAUACCCCCCAAGCCGGUCCAGCACGCUUUCCAGUAAUGGAGCGACAGGGUCGCCGCCGAAGCCGUCGUAUGGCCAUCGUCGUGGGGUCAGCGAUGGCACGGCACUCGCUCAGUCUCGGACGGAGAAUUGCUUCGAAUCCAAAGACACGAGCCCCGGCAGCACAUACAUGAGCAUGCGGAAGGCAUUGCGCCCACUCCCACCAUCUGCUCAAAAUCAACCGUCUAUCGUCGCCGAAAAGCUUUCACGGCCUUAUACGCCCCCCAGCCCAACUCCUACUCACAGCCGGUCUCAGAGCGUUGAAGCGAUGCGUCCUAUCCAUCACGAAUCCCCUGGCUCCCCUCCGCCGAAACCUCGCCCCUUGUCCAUGGCCAUAUCUCGCUCAGACUCCAUUAGAGCGCCCACCAGGGAACACCAGCGCCCAAGCCCCACCACCCAUCUUGAGCGACCUGAUUUGCAGAGUUUGAGUAAAUCGUCUACCGGGUACCUGCGCACGUUGUCAAAAUUUGCUGAAUCGGCCUCGGAGGAGGAUUUUACCAUAAAGUCCCCAGAGCAAGAGGUCGUCGGCUUGCACGGGCGUAGAAGGCUUCAACGAUCUGCCUCCAUGCGCAAGAAGUCAACAUCUGGAUGGGCCAGCAGAAACUGGAUGGACCAACAACGCCAAUUCUUACAGGCCUACGAGUAUCUCUGCCACAUUGGAGAAGCAAAGGAGUGGAUAGAGGAUAUCAUCAACAAGGACAUACCGCCCAUCGUCGAGUUGGAGGAAGCGCUACGUGAUGGCGUGACACUGGCGGAAAUCGUCGAAGCGAUCAAAGGCCAGCCCCUUCGAAUAUUCCGGGCACCAAAGCUACAGUAUCGCCAUUCAAACAAUUAUGCGCACUUCUUCCAGUUUCUAGCAGAAGUGGAUCUUCCUGAGCUUUUCAGAUUCGAACUUGUCGACCUCUACGAGAAAAAGAAUGUCCCAAAAGUUAUAUACUGCAUACAUGCUCUCUCAUGGCUGCUGUUUCGGAAGGGCAUGGUUGACUUUCGUAUCGGGAACUUAGUGGGUAAGCUCCAUUUUGAAGAUCAUGAGCUCGAGGCAAUGCAAAAAGGACUUGACAAUGCGGGCGUCAGCAUGCCCAACUUUUCCAGCAUGCAGGCAAAUUUUGCAGUAGAGCCGGAGCCGGAACCCGUCGAGUCGGAAGAGGACAGGAUUGAUCGGGAGCUGUCGGAGCUGGAACCGAUCAUACUGGAUCUACAGGCACAGAUUCGGGGGGCAGUGCUCAGGCUACGACUGGGAAAUCUGAUGCAGCAAUUAUGGGACCACGAAGAUGCGAUCGUGGACUUGCAAUCACGGAUACGAGGAGACUGGGCACGGCAGAUCGCGAACUAUCGCCUCGACAUGCGGAGGUUCGCCAUCACACUCCAAAGCGCUUCUCGGGGAUUUCUGAUUCGAUCGAGGUUACGUGGGGAGGAAGAGUAUUGGAGGGAUAAAGAGUAUCAAGUGACGAAGAUUCAGAGCCUUUUCCGCGGUCGCAAGGCGAGAACCCAAGUCCAGUACAUCAAGUCACGUAUACAGCGUCACGAGCACGGUAUUCGCCAAUUUCAAGCAGCAAUCCGAGGCGCUCUCCAUCGUCUCAAGGUAGACCGCGAAUACGAAGAGACGCGAGUUGCAGAAGCCGGCGUCCUGCAGGUUCAGGCCAUGAUACGAGGCGCUCUUGUGCGGGAGCGACUCAAUCGCGACAUCUCUGAAUUGAAAGAGGGUGAGGAGGCUGUCGUGCAAUUGCAAGCAGCUUGCCGAGCCAUGCUCCUACGUCAAUCGUUCAGAGCGGAUCAGGAGAGCCUACGACAGCAUGAGUCCCUCGUCACCUUAUUGCAGGCUGCCGCUAGGGGAGUUAUAGCCAGGAAAAGUAAUGCAGAUACGCUUAGUGCACUGGUAAGCACUGGUCCUGCCUGGUCUAACUUCCACUCCAAGAUUCGAGGUAACUCUGUUCGAGCCUUCGUCAAGCGAUUGAUGGAGGCUCUUCGCGCAGAGGAGCCUCAACUCACGGAUCUCCAGUCUGUUGCAAGAGCUAGGCAAAUUCGAUCCAAUUUUGCCCAUACUCUGGCUCAGCUGAAAGAUCACGAGCCGGCUAUUUCGUCCUUGCAGUCUGCCAUACGCGGUUUCAUAUCCCGUGAGAGGUACUUCUCUGACCUCAAAACCUUGCAGGCACAGAUUCCCACCAUCGUCGACUUACAGUCGUCAUGUCGAGGUUAUGUGCAACGUCAACGCACAUACGAGCUAUUGUGCGAACUCAACAGUCAAGAGCCGGAGAUUAUCCAACUUCAAGCUUAUGCUCGUGGCUUUUUGCACCGUAUGGCCAUUGGAUUGCUGCUAGCGCAGGUUGAAGACCAUGAGGAAGCCAUUGUUGAGCUUCAGGCCCUUGCCCGAGGAAUGUUGGUUAGGCGACGUUUUGCCGAGAAGAAGAAGUUCUACGAAGAGAACAUGGAGAAGGUCAUCAAGAUUCAGAGUUUCAUUCGAGGACGGCAACAGGGGGAGGCUUACAAGAGCUUGACUAGCGGAAAGAACCCACCGGUCUCGACUGUGAAGAACUUUGUGCAUCUUCUGAAUGACAGCGAUAUUGAUUUCGACGAGGAGAUUGAAUUCGAACGCCUGCGCAAGACCGUUGUCCAGCACGUACGGCAGAACGAGCUCGCAGAGCAGUACAUCGAUCAACUGGACAUCAAGAUUGCUCUGCUCGUCAAGAACAAAAUCACCCUGGAUGAGGUGGUGAAGCACCAGAAACAUUUUGGUGGCCAUGUUGGCGCGCUUCUCAGCAGCAAAGACAUUUCCUCCAAGGAUCCCUUCGACCUCAAAGCACUCAAUAAGAAUUCUCGGAGGAAAUUGGAGCACUACCAGGAGCUUUUCUUCUUGCUCCAAACGCAACCACAAUACAUGGCUCGUUUGUUCAGACGGAUACGCGAACAGGCUCUCGCUGAGACGGACACCAAGCGCAUCGAACAGUUGACAAUGAGCCUCUUUGGCUUGGCGCAGAAGCGGAGAGAAGAGUACUAUUUACUCAAGCUUAUCACUCGUUCCCUGAAAGAAGACGUCGACACCUGUGCAUCCAUACAGGAGUACACGCGUGGGAACUUCUUCUGGAUGAGGCUGUUUAGCAGUUUUGUCCGCUCUCCCCGUGAUCGCAAGUAUUUGAAAGACGUGUUUGGGCCGCUCAUCAAGGAGAACAUCAUCGAAAACGAAGCGCUAGACCUGGAAAGUGACCCCAUGCAGAUCUACCGAUCAGCCAUCAACAAUGAAGAACUUCGAACUGGGCGACGUAGUCACCGCGACCCGAACGUAUCGCGAGACCAAGCAAUCAAAGACCCUGAGACACGCGAAACCUUCAUUCACCAUCUCCAAGAUCUUCGGGAUAUCGCUGAUCAGUUCUUCGCCAUAUUCGAGGAGGUCCUCCACAAGAUGCCUUACGGCGUUCGUUACAUCGCGCAGCAGAUUUUUGAGGAGUUGAGGAGGAGAUUUCCUCAAGAGCCGCCAGAGCAACUGCUUCAGAUAGCAGGUCAUUGGGUUUGGAAACAUUAUUUGCAGCCUGCCUUGCUCCAGCCACAGCAUUGGGGUGUGGUCGAUCGAGGUCUCUCCCCGCUCAUGAACCGAAACCUCGGAGAAGUCGCCAAGGUCCUGGGCCAGAUCGCUGCGGGAAGGUUGUUUGGCGGAGAGAAUAUCUACCUUCAACCCCUGAACAGCUAUGUCACGGAAGCCAUCGACAGAUUGCAGGACAUUUGGUCGAACUUGAUCGACGUGCGUGAUGCAGAGGCGCAGUUUGACAUCGACGAGUUCAACGACCUCUACGCCCGCACAAAGCCCACCUUAUACAUCAAGCUUGCCGACAUCUUCGCAAUUCACAACCUUGUGGUCGAUGACCUUUCGGUACUAUGUCCUUCCCAAGACGAUCCACUUCGAGAAAUCAUUCGUGAACUGGGCAGCGCAAAGAACAAUGAGAAUGAACUGUUGCACGUCAGCUCAACAGAAAUCACUUUGACGCUGAAUCCCAAGUUUCACGAACAAGAAGAUCCCGACGCUGCAGUGAAGGCGCUCUUCAUGGAGACCAAGCGAUACGUACUGUACAUCAUCCGAAUCCAGUCGGGUGCCAAUCUCACAGAGAUCAUGUGCCGGCCCAUCACCCCCGAAGACGAAGCUCGCUGGGAAGCUCUUGUGCGGGAGGAACUCGCGGCGCAGAGACGAGAUCGAAGCCGAAAUCUCCGCUCGUCAGCCGCUUCAACCUACACCACAGACAUGUCGACGACAAGCGUCCUGGAUCUCGACUAUCCAACACUCAAACGAUGCGCUCUAGAGAACAUCCUCACACUACAAAGGGCCGGCCGCAUCUCGCAGCACAACAACUACCAAGACCUCCUCAACGCCAUUGCCGUGGACAUCCGCACGAAACACCGCCGCCGCAUCCAACGGGCAAAGGAACUGGAGGGGGUUCGCGCCACUCUCGCCGCCCUUGACGAAAAAGCACGCUACCUCGACCAGCAGCUCAAAUCAUACAACGACUACAUCGAGCAAGCCAUGGUCACCCUCCAAAAUAAACGAGGCAAACGGCGCUUCCUCCUCCCCUUCACCCGGCAAUACAACCACAUGCGCGAACUGCAACGCGCCGGCCGCGAAUACCGCUUCGGCUCCUUCAAGUACUCGGCCCGCAACCUCGCGGAGAAGGGCAUCCUCGUCUCCUGGCAAGGCUAUCCCGAACGCCAAUGGGACCGCCUCGACAUCACCAUCAGCUCUAAUACGGUUGGUGUGUUUGAGAUCCAGGGGUCUCAGGGUAGCAUGAUGAUCCCCGGCGCGUUUGCCGAGGUACCGCUGGAUGGAUUGUUGCAGGCGCAGUUUGACAAUCACCAGUUUAUGAAUUUGUUUGGUGAGGGCAAAGAUGGCGGUGGCAACGGCUGCGUGCGGUUGAAUGUGAAUCUCUUUUUGCACUUGAUUUUCAAGAAGUUUUAUCGGGAUGAGUAG